AUGAAAUUGAAAUAUGCAAUGUUGCCAUAAUGAAAUAUUGUGAAAGUAAACGAAUAAUCGUUACAUUGAAUUGAUUUUUGCGGUAUAUGUAUAAGAAACUUUACGUUGUACCAACUUUCAGUCACAUAAAAACGACUGCUACCAACAUAAUACAAGUAAACGUCAAUCAAAUCAAAACUUAAAAGUUGAACCGUUGUUGAACGUUUGUUUUGUUCUAAGAUUUUACUUUUAAAUAAAUGUUGCUAAAUAUUUUCCGUUAAAAUGCUGGAGCAGCGUAUUUCAGACAACGAGCAGUCCAGGCGAGAUAUACCUUCGUUCAUAGAGCCAAGGCCGCCGCUGGUGUCAAAUCCGUUCAUGAGGCCUCGUCCGCAGAAAGGCACAAACUUAUUGGAGCAAUUUGAGGAGGAUUCGGAAAGUGAGGAGCCGGAGUUAGUUCAAGUGUAUUUGCGGCUGAAGCCGUACCACGCUCAUAACAAUUUGUACGAAGUGCGAUCUGAUAGAUGUCUGAUUACGUCUGUGGACACUGCCACUGCUGGCCACGGGCGGCGCACACAGCACAAUGUUUCCAAAAUGUACACAUUCUCUCACAUAUUUGGCUCGGACACGUCCCAAAAGGAAAUAUUCGAGCAUGUAGUCAAAGACAACCUAAAGAAGUUGCCAGAAGGCCACAACUUCACUCUCCUCACAUACGGUGCUUCUGGCUCCGGCAAAACAUACACAUUAAUGGGUACCGUGGCGUCUCCGGGGCUGGUACCAAGGUCUUUGGACUAUGUGUUCCGUGUAGUAGAAGCUGCACAAACUCCAGUGUACAAGCCUGCCGAUGGAGGAGCUGAUAAACUGAAUUAUGCUGAGCAGGACUAUGAGUUACAGUGGGUGAAGAGAUUACGUCAAAUAUCUGCUCCGUUGCGGGAUAAAUAUCGCCGGAUGAGCGCAGGACUCUGCAACGACUUCACUGCCAGCACCAUGGAUCUAUCUAACAGGAUCCAGUAUUAUGUCUGGGUAUCCUUCGUUGAGAUUUACAAUGAGGGUAUAUACGAUUUGCUGGCAAGCUCUGAUCGUCGGGCGUCUUCCAAGCUUAGGAUCCGAGAGGAUACUAGCGGAAAUGUUUAUGUCAAAGGUGCGACCCAAGCGUUCGUCCGGAGUGGUGAGGAAGCCUAUGACGUGCUGGUGGCGGGGAAACACAACUUGCAAGUGGCUGCCACCGGCGUACACGCACAUUCCUCACGAUCACAUUGCAUAUUCACCAUCACAAUGCUUACCGAGACUGAUGGCGGCGUCCGAACAUCCUGCGUUCGGCUCUGCGAUCUAGCAGGAUGCGAACGCGCCAGAAAGACACGCAACACCGGCGCUAGAAUGACCGAAUCAAGACAUAUCAACUCUUCUUUGCACGUGCUAGAACGAUGUCUACAUACACUAAGAAGGAAGCAGAAGAAUAGGGCCGAUGCCAUAGUGCCUUACAGGGAAUCAAAGCUGACCCGCCUGCUGGGGGCGGGGCUGUCGGGCGCCCGCGGGGAAGCAGUGAGCAUGGUGGUGACGCUGAACCCGGCGCCCGCGCACGCGCCCGAGACGCGCCACGUGCUGCAGCUGGCCGCCGUCGCCCGCGACAUACAGGUGAACCACACGAUUGCGGAAUCGAUUCUGGAGACCACAGGAUCUACACAGGACACGACCAUAGGGUGCAGCGUUGAAGUCAUGAAGCUGAGGUCUGAUAACGAGAGGUUGCACUUCGAGUUGAUACAAGCCCAAGCUCGCAACAAAGAGUUACUGGCCUCUAUGGAGGAGAGGCAACAAGAGGCCGCGGAGACCAUGCGGGAGCUGGUGGAGGAGGCCAAAGACAUCACCAGACAAUAUUACGAGGCCCAGAUUCAAGCCCUGAAGUCGGAGAUGGAAGAUACGAAAGAAGAAUACGAAUGUAGAUUGAAGAAGGAAACUGCACCGCCUUCUAAUGCCGGGACCCCGUCGCGGGCUCUUCAGAAUAAGGUCGCCCAACUGAUGACAGAAAUCGCUAUUCUAGAGGAAAAAUUGACGGCGGAAAAAUUGGCCCGCGCCCGCGCUGAAGAAGAAGUACAACAUUUGAGAGCUUGCAUCGAUGAAAGAGACGAGAAAUCAUAUGACGAAGAAGCUUCAGAAAAAGAAGAAAAGGUUUUGAACCUAUCUGACAGUGAACAGUACAGCGACGAAGAGGUCGAUGACCCUUGCAAUGAAAGCCUUGAACCUACACUGAAAAAAGAAGAUAUCAACCGUUCAAAACUUAUAAUUCAAAGCCUGAACUCUAAUAACACAUCACAUAAUACUACAAUCAAUAGUGAACAAACUGAUAAUAUAAAUGACGAUGAUAAUGAUAUCCAAAACAAUUCAAAUGGUACUCUCAAAAAUGAAAGUUUAGAUGAGACUGUUCAAUCUAUAAAUGAAUCGAUAACAGAUGGUAAUGAAACAAUCGGUAAUGCUUCUCACAACAAUGGUAAAGAUAAAUCAGAUGAUGACUCAGAUAAAUUAAAAAAUAGUGUGGUCAGAGGAACAUAUUUUGUGCGUGAAAGUGAAGAUGAAAGCAUGGAUGUAAGUUCCAAAGAUCUGAAGGAAAUUGGCAGUUUCAGAGGCACGUAUUUUGUAAGGAAUGCCGAUCCAGAAGAUGAGCCAGUUGAACAAAAUAUCUUGCCGGAAAAUGAAAUCAAAAAUAAGGAAGAAUCACCUAAGGAAAUCGCUUAUGAUGUUAUAAAUACAGAAGCUGAAGAUAAACUUGUUAAAAUAACAGAAACUGCAAAAGAUUUAGUUUGUAACGAAACUAACACAAUACAAACAACAAGUCCUAAGAAAUUGUUCAAAGAAUCUCUUGUUACUAAAAUAAUGCGUUCUGCCAAAUCUACGCAUAGUAGUGAUAGCUCGCUAACACAGUUCGAAAAUUUAGAAAUGGCAGCUAACAACUGUGAUGAAACCAAAGUGAAUGAUAAUACAACAUUUUCAAACAUCCAAUUGUUUAAACAGAAAAAUACAUAUUUCAGUGAUAGUGUAGUUGACAAUAAUCUACCUAUAAUAGAAGAACAACAAUUAAUAAAAAGUACUGUGGAAAAAGAUAUUAAAGAUCUUAAAAAAACUGAUAUCGAAAAGAGUGUGAUUGAAAACAUCACUAAAGGAUUCCAAAAGAAAGUUAGUCUUGAUAAUAAACCAAUAGAAAAUUUAAAACACGAUUCUUUAGACAGUGAUGAUUUAAUCAAAACUAAUAUCACUAAAGAAAAACGCAUAUUUUUUGACAAUAUAGAUGUGAAUAUCGAUAAAAAUAAAGGGGUAAAAGAUUUAGGCAUCGAUGACGUGAGAUCCCCAUCAAUAGUUAAAGAUGAUGCUGUAGCUUCAGAAGAUUUUGAACCUGAUACUAUAAGGAAACUGCUUGGUGAAAGUUUGACCAGGCAAAAAGAUAGUACGCCAUCUGUACUUAAGAAUAAAAUUCUAGGAAAAAAACAUGAAUCAGUCGAUAUAUUUGAAGGACUUGACUCUCCGUUUGUCACGAAGACGAAAGAACCCAGUGUUAUUGAAACAGCAUGCAAAUCUAUAGAGAAAAUAGUGAAUGAACAGAAAUUAGCUGCCAAUAAACAAGCAAAUGUUAAGAAAGAGAUUAAAGUAGAAAAUAUAUCUGUAAUAGAAGAACCAGUAAAUUACGAUAAAAUAGUCGCAUUGAGUGAGAAAGUGGAAAAUUUGGAUGAUGUCACUUCACUACAGUAUGUCACAUUCGGAAAUAAUACGACUGAGGAUUUUGAGAAACUCUGCAAAGAUAUAACAGCGCCCAGGGAAACGGAAUUUGAGAUUAUAGCUAAAGAAAUUGACGACAAAGAUCAAACUGAAAAUGAAAAAGCAGAAAAAUGCGUAACUUUCAAAGCAGAAGUAAAAGUAGAUGAAAUCCAUGAGCCUGAUUUAUUAGACGCUUCUAAUGCGAAAGCGGAGGCGAAAAGAUUAGAAUUUGAGGAAGUCAAAUACAAUUUACGGAAGAAAUCUAAUUUUAAAUCAGAUAAGUGGAAGGAUUUUGAGACUGAAGAAGUGCUUGUAGAGAGUCAAGCGAAAUGUGAAAGCAAAGCAAGUGUUAAGGCUAAAAGGAGUUUGAGAUUAAGAAAGCGUAGGAAUUUCGAUGAAGAAGAAGAUGGUGAUAAAUUGAAAGAUAUUGUGAAUUUGCAGAAAGAGUUUUCUGAUGUCACUCUAGAUGUGCCAGCUCCGAGUAAAGUGGUGAAGGAUAUACCGUCGCCAGAGAAGGUUGGGGAGAAAAAUGAAAAUGAACCACCUUUGGGUAUACAAAGCUGCCCUUCUAAAAGCGUGACGCGCAGCCGCAGGAAGCUGUUCACGCCCCGCAUCGAGCCGCUGGACGAGUCGUGCGGCGCGCCCGCCGACAGCCACGAGAGGCUCUGUAUACCCCGGCCGUCCUACCACCGCGCCAGGGCUCGCCGCAAGCUCUAGGAUAACUGUACUAUUAAAAAAAAUCUACCAGCCCUCAUAGCCAUUUAUAUAAUCACGUCUUUAUUACUUACUCACGUCUUUAUUACUUACGGGGUAGACAGAGCCAGCGGUGUUCACGUCUUUAUUACUUGCGGGGUAGGCAGAGCUAGCGGUCUUGAAAGACUGUUAGGUUAGCUGUUAGACUUUAUAAUGUAUUAGUACGAGUAUUUGUCAAAAAACUGCAAACUACCUAAGCACUUUAACUCGAGGCUAACGCCCCCUUGAAAGAACAGAACGCUCUUCAAAACGGACACAUAUCGCUGUUUCGCUUUUUAUUAUGACUUGAAACGGGACAGCGAUAUAUACAGCGUGGCGCGUGCUGUGGUGUGGGAUCUGGAUAUUAUAGAUACAAUGAGA